UCAAACAUCUUAAUCAAUGUUUUGCAGAUAUGUGACAAUAAAAUGAAAAUACGCUAUGUGAAUGCUCAGUUUCCUGGCAGCAAUCACGACUCCCACAUAUGGAAUGUCAGCAAUGCUCGUUAUUUUCAUGAGAAAAAGUACCUCGAUGGUGAACGAAACAGUUGGCUUUUGGGAGAUGCUGGAUAUGCCUUAGAACCAUGGUUAAUGACACCAUUCCGUACCCCUCCCUCAGGAAGCCCAGUAGAGAAAUAUUAUUAA